AUGAACUUAUGUGGGAGAACGGUGUAUCCUGACGAAGCCAGUUACUUCUGGAGUGCUAAAGUGCUACUAUGUCGUGGUAGAGAGGUAGAUUUGGAAACAUACGGACUGGUGGUGGAGAGUGUGGCGGAGGCAUGUCGACGGUUGGGACAGCUGAAGGCGGAGCCGGAGUUGGCGGCAUGCGUUCCGGACCCGCGCAUCUCCGCGUUAUUCCAUAAUGUGCCGCAGUUGACGUCGUCGGUUGCCUCUACGUACUGGAUCGGUGUCUUGGUGGUCUUGGAGCCGCCGGCGGAGCACAAGUUGGCUCCCAAGACCGGCCCGGAGACGUUCUCGCAAUUUCAAAUUGACUGUUAUCAGCGCGGGAUCGAAAAGUGCGCAGUAAUCAUCCUCACUGCGGCAGAAAAGCCGAGCGCCGAGGAGCAGCGACUGCUGCACGAGGCGACGCAGACAGGGCUGCAGGCCCACCUCGUACCCAAGGCGUUUUGCGCGACCACUUCUGGCGCCGUCGGACGCGCUAGCACACGCGUGUCCGGCCUCAGUCGCGAAACCAGCACACGUCCCCAGCCUCCCGUCGGCACUGCGCUGCAGCCAAUUGAACUCACGCCUUCCGCUGCCGCGGGCCUCGAGGCCCUCAGCCCCGCAACCGCUCGCAGCGGCGACGAAAAUUGCUCUCCCGGGUCCGCCGCCGUCGCCGGUUCACCGCUGAGUCCCGAGGGCAGCGACAGCGGCCGAGAUACCAGCGGUCGAGACCCGAACACCAGCUGCCGUGAUACUGAUAACACAAACGCCACCGGCAAUAACGGCAGCGGCAGAGACGGGGGCAGUGGCAGAGACGGAAUAGGGAGUAGUGGCGGAGACGGUGGUAGUGGCAGAGACGGUGCUGGGGCGAGUGCGUGGCUGGCUGUAGCACAGGAGUUGCGUGUGGCGGUGAACAAAUUGUUGCUGGCACGAUUGGAUUGCGACGCGGUGGAGUUGUCUACGGCUGAGUCCUUGCGAGGGGAGGCGAAGAAGAAGACCGAAGCGCGUUUGAAGAAGCAGCGCGCGGAGUGUUGUCUCUUGUUGAAAGACGCGGGCGCGGCGCUCACAUAUGCGGCCUCAGCGUUGGAAGUCCAAAAGACCGCCGCUGCGGCCGCAGAACCCGUGGUCAUCGCCCAGUGCCACGAGGUCAUUGGCCUCGCCCUUGCGCUCUGGCGGCGUUCUGCCGCCGCGCGCGGAGCCGAAGGCACUGCACUGGUCGAAAGCUACGUGCGCGAAACGCUAA